AUGAUGGGUGAGGGCGUAGUAUUAGGAGAAAGCAAAAGGAGAGGUAGCGUAAUAGGUAGUGCAAAGGAGCAGCAGGUACAGGAAAAAAAAAAAAGCAAAGUUUUUAUAAACUCCUCUGUUAGUUCAGAGUGCGAUGAAUUCUCUGUUCCUCCAAUUUGUAUCUGGCUCACCAUAGGAAAAGAAGUGCAAAUCGUAGAGAUUAGAUCCUAA